CUGACCCACCUGACCACAGUGGAUGACUUUACCAGGACAGCACUCCUCUGUUGCAUAACUUUGGACAGGUAUUGCUGCUCAGUGGGGUUCAGUUAUAGCGCACUUGUGUUGGGUCCUUCGUGAUGACAGUCUGGAGGAGCAGCUCUGUCACUUUGGUUUGUCUCGGAGUGUCUUUAUUCCUCGUGGGUCCGUGUCAGUCGGGCUGUCGGGAAACGGGUCUGUGUUGCACCGGCAGGGACCCGUCAUGCAUCAGCAAAGGAUGGAGGUCUGACCGGUCCUAUGGCACCUGCUACUGCGACCAAGCCUGUGUGUCCACCCUGGACUGCUGCCACGACUAUGAGACAGUCUGCCCAGCGGUGUCCUGUGUGGUGAGUGAGUGGACAGAGUGGUCAGGCUGUGCCGAGCCCUGCAGGGCCACGGUCCGCAGGCGGAGCAGGACUAUCCUGCAGGAGCCGCUCAAUGCAGGAAAACCCUGUCCCCAUCUGGAGGAGCACGCCGGCUGUGCAGAGUAUUGGACUCAGCAAGGGCACUGUCACAACUCACUUGUACCAGCGCUUAUUAUCACGGGUGGCUAUGGCAACGCUAGGAAGAAAAGAGACAUCCCUGACAGCAACAACAUUACAGGGUAUUGUGUCCAGUUUCAGUUGACCUCUCUGACAAAAGGAUGCCAGCUGAGCGCGAGCCCACACACGCAGUGGAUGCAGUACCUGACGGAGGGGCACCGUGUGUGUGUCGAGUGCCAGCCACCUGCUCUUACUGCUGGACAGACACACUGUGCAGGAGACGGAGAGGAAAAUGAUGUGGGAAGAAGUCAGUCUCUCCAGUGGCAGGCGGUGGGAAACCCUCGAUGCAGGGGUGUGUGGAGGCGUGUGGGGAGGCUGGAGGCCUGCUCCUGCCCAACAGCCCACAGCUUCCUCUUCAUCUAACAUCUUCCUUCCUUCUGUUAGCCUCUCUCCUGUACAUAUUUACUCAGACACGUACAUAAAUAACAAUCUGCCAGUAUAAUUACCAGCAGUUAAAGAGUGCUGGCCAAUGCUUAGUUAUAAAGACCAAAUUUAAUCUUCUCCAGAUUAGUGCAUCUACAUGUAAACAUUUUAUUAAUAAGGUUGAAUGUGGGCCAGUGAAAAUUCCUAUUUCUUAGUCAGAAUAUAAUUACUGUCCUUACUGCACAACACAAACUUUAAUCAUACAUCAUUGCUAUUUUGGGUUGAAUCAAAAACUGAAAAUUAACAAUAAAGUAGUCAAAUGAAAGUCAGCAAUUCCUAAUCAAAAUGUAAAGUGAUCUGAUUUAUUUCAUUUUGAGUCAUCCAAGGGAAAGGUUGCUUUUCUUAAGAAAUAGAAAUAUCUUGAGACAUUGAGACACUUUUUUCUUACAUGACAAGUACUGGCUCUGUGUGAAUCACAACCAGUCACAACGCCAAAGUUACAACAUGCACUGAACAAUAGAACAUUUAUACAGAAACAACAGCAUAGAAAGUCAACAGGUAAAAAUUUGUAUUAUUUUUUUUUUUUACAAAACAGACAGCCUCGGGACCUACAAACAACAUUGUAUAAGAGCUGGCUAAGGUCGUUCAAAUAUCUUUUUUUUUUUCAAUUCCCUGGAAACAGUGUACUUUACAAAGACUGAUGGCUUAGGCAAGGUUGGGGUCAAUUCCACUGAGAGCUUACGGCGUAGAAAAAAUAUAGUUUAUGUUUUGAAUUUGUACUAGUUUUUAAUUUCUCAUGCUCUAAUACUGGUUCCUUUUAUAGUGCCAUGUGUGAUGUGUGUUUUACUCUAUCAAGGCAUCCUGAAUCGACCCCAACCCUGUAAUACAGUGUUAGAUUCAGAGUAUGUGGAAUUGGGCUACUUGCUGAAGCAGUGCUUCUCACUGGGUUUUGGAAACUACCACAUGUCCUUGAAAAGGGUCCUAUGGGGUUUUAACAAAAAUGAAAAAGACUUUAACCUCUUUACAGAUAAAUUUAGCAGCUGGCGCAACAACCAAAUUCUAUUUUAAGUUUUAACUAAAUGCAUUUCUGUACAGUGGGGAGUCUUGUGGAAAAGUUUGAGAAAACUGUGCUCUUCAUCUGAAUUUGUAUCAAUAAAUGAGAAAUAAAACAA